AGUGGUGACCGCUGCAGGGAAAAUGGCCGGAGGAGACGACGUGAAAGCGUGCAAAGCCAACACCGAAUUGGUUCCUCUCAAGAUCGUGCUCUUCCUCUGGUACGGGGGUCGCAGCACGGGCAGCCUGGUGGGUGGCACCGCCAUGUACUUUCUGGGUGCCGAGACUGCCUUCCGCAUCAUGGGCGGUGUUGCCGCGCUGGCCUCAGCUUCGUACGGCUGCUUUUGCUGCUUCCAGCGCACCGCUACGCGCGCAGCCGAGAGGCAUCCGCCAGCAAACGCCGACAAAGCAUCUUCACCGGUCGCUUCAGCCAGUGCAUCGGCAAGCAACGAGGACGACAAGGCCAGUGCACAAGAUGAAGGGCGGGUGGAACCCGAAGGCUCGUAACAAGGAUUCUCUAGACAAUGCGCCGUCUGCUCUCAAGUCCUUCCCGCCAGUCAGAAGGACAACUGGAAAGUCAGUGUGCCAUCAAGAUGGCAAAAACUUUGCCUUCUGUAGAGGCAGUGUCUCAUGGGAUCCCAUCGGCAGUAGUUCAUGUGCAAGACUCCCUGACGCUCUUGCUCCUUAUGACGCUUCGAUUGACCAUGGACUGUCACUGAGAUUUCCGGCGAGAGUAGGUUUCCUUGAUGGCAAGUGCUUGGAGGUGCCUUUCAGCCAAGCCUGUGUCGCGCCGCGUUUCGUCAGUCACUGUUCUGGUGCAGACACGCAGGACUUGCAGCAUCCGUUGUGGUCAGGGAAAGAAUAAGCUGACGGCGUGGCUUUGAUAAGCGUAUACUCCCGAUUAUGAACUUCGCGCUCCGUUCGACGAAGGAAGGGUCGUGUUUUUGUUGUUCAGCAUCUUCUGAUAGUUCGUUGCUCCUUGGAGAGAUAUCAAAUGAAGUGCACUGAACUACUCUACAAUAAUGCGCCGCACUGCCGAGCAUCUUGUAUAUCGUUGCACCGUGCAACAGGGUGCGGCGGUCUGAAGACGGACUCUCUUGCUGACAUGGCAGCGACCACGUGCAGGACCGAUGUGACCAAAGAUGCAUGUGUCGAUAUGUGGGUUAACACACUCUCUGCGAACAGCUUGUGAUAAUGGCAUUUCAAUUACGUUCAAGCGUACGAGGCAUACCCAGUAAACGAGGACUUGUUU